AUGAAGGACGUGUCAUUCGUGGAUCGUCUCUUUGUCGGCUUGGCCAUUGCCUCUUUUGUUGUGGCCACUGAGGAGAGGUCUGACUGCCCGAAACUCUGUGUAUGUGAGAUCAGACCCUGGUUUUCUCCCAGUUCCGUGUACAUGGAGGCACAGACAGUUGACUGUAAUGACUUGGGACUCUUUAGCCUGCCGGAAAAAUUACCAGUGGGCACACAAGUACUAUUACUGCAAACAAACAAUGUUGCCAAGAUUGAAAACCCGUUGGAUUACCUGGCAAACAUAACGGAGAUUGAUUUAUCACAAAACAACUUAUCCUCUAUCAGCGACGUCCAUCUGGGGAACCUUCCUCAGCUUGUAUCUCUUCAUAUGGAGGAAAACUGGAUAUGCAUGUUGCCAGAACGAUGUCUGGCAGAGUUGGGUAACCUGCAGGAGCUCUACAUAAAUCACAACCUCAUAUCCUCCAUUUCUCCACUGGCUUUCCAGGGUCUCAGCAACCUUGUAAGGCUCCACCUCAAUUCUAACAAACUGGUGGUCAUUAAGAGAGAGUGGUUCGAACCCAUGCCAAAUCUUGAGAUUCUGAUGAUCGGUGAGAAUCCAGUUCUUUCUAUCGAUGACAUGAACUUCAAACCUCUCAUUAACCUCCGCAGUCUUGUUCUUACCAGAAUGAACUUGUCUCAGCUUCCUGACGAUGCACUGGCUGGUCUUGAUAACGUUGAGAGCAUCUCAUUCUAUGAUAACAUUUUCCCCGAGGUGCCCCAUUCAGCCUUGAAAAAUUUAAAAAAUCUUAAGUUUUUGGAUCUAAAUAAAAACCCCAUUGCAAGGAUACAGAGAGGGGACUUUGUGGAUAUGCUUCAUCUUAAAGAACUGGGGAUCAAUAGCAUGCCAGAGCUAGUUUCCAUUGACAGCUUUGCCCUCAAUAACCUCCCUGAGCUCACUAAAAUAGAGGCCACCAACAAUCCUAAACUCUCCUACAUCCAUCCUAAUGCUUUCUACAAACUACCACGGCUGGAAACCCUAAUGCUAAAUGGCAAUGCACUCAGUGCCCUGCACAGGAUUACUGUUGAGUCCCUCCCAAAUCUCAGAGAAGUUAGUAUGCACAGCAACCCUAUCCGCUGUGACUGCGUAGUCCGCUGGAUGAACAUGAACAAGACUAACAUUCGCUUCAUGGAGCCUGAUUCACUCUACUGUGUGGAGCCUCCAGAGUACGAGGGGCAGCAUGUCCGACAGGUGCACUUCAGGGAGAUGAUGGAAAUUUGUCUGCCACUCAUCUCUCCCGAAAGCAUGCCAGGGCAUAUCAAAGCAAAGAACGGGAGCUCAGUGUCACUACAUUGUCGGGCAUUUGCUGAACCUGAACCGGACAUCUAUUGGAUCACCCCAUCUGGUGCCAGGGUUCUGCCCAACACCGUCUCUGAGAAGUUCUACAUGCACCCAGAGGGAACUUUUGACAUCUAUGACAUAACAGAAAACGAGGCUGGUCUUUACACUUGUGUUGCCCAUAAUCUGGUUGGAGCUGAUCUUAAAUCGGUUUCAGUAGAGGUAAAUGGAUAUUUCCCUCGAUCUUCAAAUGGUUCUCUCCAUGUCGCAGUGAAAUCCGUGGAGACUAACUCCAUCCUAGUUUCCUGGAAGGCUGGCCCUGGCACCCUCGCUCCCAACAUUAAAUGGUACACUGUGUCAGAAGCCAACCAUCCUACUAUAGCGUUUACCACUAGAGUUCCCACUGAUGUCCAGGUCUACAACCUCACCCAUCUCAACCCCGCCACUCACUACAAAGUAUGUGUGGAUGUCCGCAGCAUCCACAACAACCAUGACACCAAAUGUGUCAAUGUCACCACUAAGGGAAUAGAGCUGGCAGCCAGGGAUACGGAAAAAUGGGAUGCAGCAGUAAUUACUGUCUUUGGUGUGCUCUUGGCUGUGAUUUCAGUGGCCUGCCUGCUUAUUUAUGUCUCUCUGAGGAACCACCACCUUUAUGGGGAUAUAAGGAAAUGCGACUCCAAAGCUCCGCUGAAACCAGUGGAAGCUACUGCUAUGCACUCUCCUUUCUUUACAAAGCUGUGGGUUCCGGGUAAAGGACUGCCAAGUGGAGUGGAAGUGAAAGCCACAGUCAUAAAUGUAUCUGACAAUGUCUUUUAA